UUAGUGGGGUGAAUACAUGCCGUCGCGCUCACUCGUAUUAUUCGGGCAAAUUGACGGGAUGUUUAGAGCAAAUGAUUGAGAUUAUGGCCAUUGAUCAGCCCUUUCUCAUGACCUAGUUCACGUGACCUGACAAGUGAUUGUAUAAAAAUGCUCAUUCUGAAAGUGAAGUGGAAGUUUAACAUAACCACACUAUAUUUGAUUUAAUACAGACCUCGGUGUUUUAUUACUAUUAGUAGUCGACGGAAAGAUCGUGAAUGUCAUAUGAACAUAAAAUAUGAACAAAUUUGUGAGUGUAAUAGAACGUCGCAGUUUCGUAGACUCCCGUGUCGACAAACUCUAGGUAUAAGCCGGCACCCAAGGAUUAAGGAUAUUUUUAUUUUUUAAAUAUUUUUUUUGACCAGCAAUGUCUCCAGCUGCAGAUAACUCUGUAUACUGCCUCACAACUAAACGUAAAUGGGAUUACAGUAAAUAAAGCAAACUUUGGGUACAGUGUUAGAGAAAACCGGCUUAAUUUCUUAUAGGUUGUGACCAAUAUCAGACCGAAACCUGCAUCUUUAUUUUUGUUUUCGAUUAUUGCCGAACAAAGUGAUACAACCUGGAAACCCUUUUUCCAUAUAUAAGUACAUAGCAAACGGCACAGAAAUCAAACAGCCGCCAGCCCUGAGGUACUCAAGCGCUGACCCCGGAACUGUUUUUUGAAGAAUUUAGAAUGAUUUUUGAUUCCAGUCUUACGGAAGUUCUUGACUGUUGAUUGUAAAUAUUAAUAUAAACCCAAGAUUCAGAAAAAAAAAAACUGUGGUAAUAAUGGUGGGUCAAAACUGAGUCAUAUUGUAGCAGUAGUUGAUGUCUGCAAGGUUUAAAUAUGGAGACAUUCCGCUCUAGGUAAGAAAUAGAAGAGAAAUAUUAGUGCAAGAGCUGGAUUGGUUCGGCCUUUAAAGGAUUGGGGCCCUUUCUGGAAAAGAUGAAACGACGCUGCAGCUAAACGCCUUCUACUUGAGGUCAUGGCGAGGCUUGUGAUGCCGAAGAAGUGACGUGUGGUAUAGGAGUAGUAGUUGUAGGUUGUGACAAUGAUGUCUGGGGGUCGCGGAUACGUCGGGUUGAUGGCAGCGGCGGUGAUGGUAUUGGCUGUCACAUACCAUGAUGCCAGCGCCGCUCGCACCACCCGCCAGCUCAGCCCGAGGACGGUGAGGACCAAGUACGGCGCUCUACGGGGCCUGGUGGUGAACUUGGGUGUGCGCGGACUAGGGAACGCGGAGAUGUUCCUGAGUGUGCCCUACGCUUCGCCGCCGAUAGGCAAUUUGCGAUUCAUGCCCCCGGGGUCACCUGUGCCCUGGCGGGACGUGAAACAGGUGGACCACCCAGGCCCCGUGUGCCCUCAGCGCCUCCCGGACAUCAGGAACGAAACGGAAGCGCUAAGGAACAUGAGUCGAGGACGCUAUCAGUACCUUCGGCGUCUCCUGCCAUACUUGAGGAAUCAGAGUGAGGACUGCCUCUACCUCAACAUCUACACGCCGGCCGGAGGUAAAGUCGGCUGUUCGCGUUGGCGGUGGUGAAACUGGGUAGUGACUUUUUUUCU